CUAAAUUUGGGUUUCUUUUGUCCAUGCGCAAGAGAACUAGUCAAUUACAUACUCCUUCAAAAUGGAUAAUGAGGAAUCAAGUGAUAGCUGGAGUUUUAAAGAUGAAGACGACGAUCCUCAGUCAUCAUCCUACGGUUAUUCAAGUUUGGAUAUUCCUAAUGGAGGAGCUAGUUCUUCAAACCCAGCACGAUCGUUAUCUCAGUAAUUGAGGAAAAUGGGUUAGCACAUAUCCUCAUAAGAUAUUUCCUAAUAGUUUCUGGAUAUGUGUUGAUCAGAUUUGCUGUGAGAAAAUUAAACACGAGGGAGAGAGUUGUUGGCCUUCAACCUCGAUGACCAAUUGUUUGUUGGAUUUACAGAACAACUAGGGGCGGUGAACUCGAUGUUGAGAUGCAGAUCUCAGCUUAGAUAAGAUGUAUUAGUACGUCCUUCACUCUCCCAGAGAAAAACCAGAUCAGUGAUAAUGGACACAUUAGCUGCAACAGAUGAUUCUGUUGCCGUCGUUGAAAAUAGUAGUAUUAGCGAAACCUGCAUUAAUGCUACUGCUGAACAUUACCAUGAAGGGAAUAGAAGGAAAAUACUUCAAUUCAUAGAAGAAAUUACAACUAAUGUGGAUGAAGUUCAAACACAAGUUCUCUCGGAAAUCUUAUCUGGCAAUGCACAAGUUGAGUACUUGCAAAGACAUGGUUUAAAUGGGCACACAGAUCGCGAGACAUUCAAGAAAGUCAUCCCCGUAGUUUGCUAUGAAGAUCUUAUUCCUGACAUCGAUCCUCUCAUCGCCAAUGGUAAUAGUAUCACAUCUUCAAUUCUCGGCAGCCGACUUAUUAAACAGUUUAUUCGUAGCACAGGAACUUCAUCUGGGGUGAGGAAACUAAUACCAUUAACACAAGAACAAGAAGAUAAAAUAUGGCAUUUCCAAGACUUGGUAAUGCCGGUCAUUAGUCAACACGUUCCCGGUUUGGACAAAGGGAAAGCGAUGCAUCUUCUGUUUGUAGCUCCAGAUAGUACUACACCAGGAGGACUGAUAGCUAAUUCAAUAGUUCCGUUCAUGCACAAAAGCUUACAUUUCAAAAAUUUGUUUAGAAAUGUUGAUCCAUACCGCAACUUCACUAGUCCCAUUGAAAUCAUUUUAUGCGAGGAUACUUACCAAAGUAUGUAUUGCCAGUUACUUUGUGGGCUCUACCAAAACAGUCACGUACUUCGACUAGGAUUUAUUUUUUCUUCUGUUGUUGUCCAAGCCGUUAAGUUUUUGCAGGAACACUGGAUCCUUCUCUGUGAUGACAUCCGAAAUGGAAAUAUAGCAGUGGGCAACACCAAAAUCACUGACCAAACAGUGAAAAAGGCGGUCAUGAACAUAUUGGUUAAGCCGAACCCUGAGCUUGCUGAUUUCAUCGAAAGGGAAUGCAAGAGAGAUGAAUCAUGGAAAGGGAUCUUAUCUCGGUUGUGGCCUAACGCUAAAUACAUUGACGCUAUUAUCACUGGUACCAUGUCUCAUCAUAUCCCUAUCAUUAACUUCUACACUAAUGAACUUCCCAUUGUCAGCCAAGCCUACGGGUGUUCAGAGAGCGUAUUAGGUCUAAACCUGAACCCUUUAUGUAAGCCCAAUGAAGUUUCCUACACUUUUAUCCCUACAAUGGCGUAUUGCGAGUUCUUGCCAAUAGUUAAUGAAGAUGUUCAGCAGAACAACAACUGCAACCUGGAGGAGGAACAACGUCAUCAAGAACUAGUUGACCUUGCCGAUGUUAAGCUUGGUGGGGAGUACGAGGUUGUCAUCACCAAUUAUGCAGGACUUUAUCGCUAUAGAGUUGGAGACGUUCUACAGGUGUCCGGGUUCAAGAACAAUGCUCCUCAGUUCAGUUUUGUGUGCCGUAAGAAUGCAGUUCUGAGCAUUGAUCAUGAUAAGACAACUGAAGUCGAGCUCCAAAAUGCAGUGAGAAAUGCGUUUGACCAGCUCAUGAGUAAGCUAAAUGUAUCUCUUGUUGAAUACACUAGUUUUGCCGAUGCAUCAACUAAUCCAGGACACUAUGUAAUCUACUGGGAACUUCAGUGCAGCAAUAACAAUGCAUCAAUUUCUGUGCCAGUGUUUGAGAAAUGUUGUCUCAUAAUUGAAGAAUCACUUGGCGCAGAGUACCGUUCUUUACGUGUAAACAAUAAACAUAUUGGACCAUUAGAGUUGAAGAUAGUCGAGACAGGAACAUUCGAUAAGCUGAUGAAUUAUGCUAUCAACCAAGGUACUUCAGUUAGUCAAUACAAGACACCUCGCGGUGUGAAGCUUGGUCCCAUAUUGGAGCUUCUAAACUCUCAAGUUAUUUCGAAUUACUUUAGCCCAAAAUGCCCAAACCCUUGAAGUAGAAUUCGUCAUUUACUUGCAUGUAUUAAGAGUUAAGACAUCUUAUUGUUCAUUUUCGUGUAGAGUAUGCAAUCUCCUAGUUUGUUUGU